AUGGCUCUUAUUCAGGGUCUGUUGACAUUCAGGGAUGUGGCCAUCAAGUCCUCCCAGGAGGAGUGGGAAGACCUGGACCCCAUUCAGAGGAUUUCAUACAGGGACGUGAUGUUGGAGCAAGGAGGAGAGCUCUCGAGUAUGGGUGGCCAAGUGAAAGUAUCCAAAAACUCAGAUGCGUGGGAAUAUGUCAAAGGUGUGACCACAGAUACCUCUCCCAAAUCUAUCAUCAAGGAAUUUCCACCAAAAAGAAAAAGUGAUACGGGAGAAAUGUUCCAGACAAAAUCAAAUCUUAUAAGUCAUCAGAGAAUUCAUGCAGGUGAGAAACCAUACCCAUGCAGUGCAUGUGGAAAAGUCUUCAAUCAUAUUUCUGAUCUGGCUCAACAUCAGCAAAUUUAUGCUGGAGAAAAGCCAUUCAAAUGUAAUGAAUGUGGCAAGGUUUUGGGUCACAAGUCAUACCCAGCAAAUCAUCAGAGAAUCCAUCCUGGAGAGAACCCAUACACAUGUAAUGUAUGUAGCAAGGCCUUCAAUCAAAUUUUAAACCUUGUGAACCCUCAUAGACUUCACACUGCAGCGAAACCUUUCAAAUGUAAUGAAUGUGGCAAAGUCUCCAGUCAUUCCUACCUUGCACAACAUCUGAUAAUUCAUGUGGGAGAAAAACCUUAUAGAUGUAGUGAAUGUGACAAAGUCUUUAACCAUAUUUCACACCUUGCACAACAUCGUAGAAUUCAAACAGCAGAGAAACCUUGCAAAUGUAAAGAAUGUGGUACAGUGUUUAGGCGUAAUUCAUAUCUUGCAGAACAUUUGAUGACUCAGACUGGAGAGAAACUGAAAUGUAAUGACUGUAGCAAAGUAUUCAGUCACAAUUCCCACCUUGCAUGUCAUCAUAGAAUACAUGCUGGAGAAAAACCUUAUAAAUAUAAUGAAUGUGGAAAGGUCUUCAGUCAAAACUCACAUCUUUCAUGUCACCAAAGAAUUCAUACUGGAAAGAAACCUUACAGAUGUAAUGAAUGUGGCAAAGUGUUCAGUCUAAACUCAUCUCUGGUACAUCAGCAGAGAAUUCAUACCUGA